AUGGUGAGGGACGAGCCCCUAGACUUCGAGAACGAGGACGAUCCCCUCCUCCCCACAGCGCGCCCCGCCAAGAGGAGCAAGGUUAUCGGCUUGGAUGAUCUCCUACUCGAUUACUUGCAAUCUAGUAAAAAGGACAAGCUCAAAGUUAAGGCCGCCAAGUCUAAGCGUGGCCCCAAAGGAGGAUAUGAUUCAGGUGAGGAAGACGACAAGUCUACACAGCAAGAGAUUGCGGUUUGCAAAAUAUUUGAGGAAGUUCAGCAAAAGGGCAAAGUGAUGGAUGCUAGAGAUGAUGUACCCCCAUGGGGUCAGCAAAUUUUUGGAUGCCAGAAGCCCCCCUCAAAUCUUAGCAAUGUGGGAGUCGAAAAUUGUCAGCUAUUGCAAUCAUUCUCUGCGAUUGAAGGUCUAGGUUUUGAUCUAGAGAUGCAUCAAGGAGAGGGUUUCCUCGAAGGCAUGCUGUUGGAUGGAUGGCUUCUGAAUUUGGUUCGCAUAUGUGGUUUUGUUGAAGACUCUAUAGCAUCGUGGACACUGACCAACUUGUUGCAUUCAUCCAAUGAGAAGUUACAAGUUUCUGCAGCCAACUUUUGGGAUGGCAUUCUUUCCCUGGAUGAGGCUGGUAAACCGCUGGUCAACCUUGGGUAUCUUCCAAGUUACUCUGUUCUAAAACGUGCUAUGCUGAGCUAUGGGUAUCUAUUCGAUACUCCAGGCACUAAGGCUUCAGCCUCUGGAAGCACCGCUGCAGGUGGCUCUGAUGAUGGUCUGCCUCAUAACAUCAUUGCUUGGUUAGGAGUUGUAUCUGCUUGCUGCAAAAUCAGGGUCACAGUGGAUCUCAAUUGUUUAAGGAUUGUCGACUGCAUUACCGGUAUGAAUAAGCGCAGCAAAUUCCUAAGGAGUCAGGUGGCACUUCAGUUGCUGAAGAUCAGCUUUGGCCUUAAGGUGGCAAACGUUGAGAAGAUGUUGAAGCUAGUCACAUCCAUCAACGUGAAGGAGAAAGAAUGUGACUUUUUCAGGCUUUAUGUGUAUCUAGUGUUGAUGGACAACCUGCUCUUCUCAAGCGAUGCAUUUAGAGAGAAGACUGCGAUCGUUGAUGCUUGGCGGAAUUAUUUGCGUAACUGUUCCACGCAAAUUGGGUGCACGGACUGA